AUGGAAACUAUUUUGAGUCCAAAAGCAAAGGAACAAUCCAUUGCUACAACAAACAUGCAAAUGAAAAUCAAAACUCCAAGGAAAAACAAACGAGGUAGUACUAAUAGUAGUUUCAUUUCUAACACCUAUGCAGGUCUUUUGAAUCUUCCUCAACAGCAACAACCACCACUGUUACCUCUUCCACAUGUUUCUACAAUUCUUCAUCACAAACCUUUGCUUCCACGACGCCUUAACACUCAAACUUUGUCUCCGUCACCUAAGAAAUCAAAACCAAAAAAGAGAUCGGGAACUGUACCGGAGAUUCUUAUGGUUAAUCCAUGGGGACCCGACCCGAAAGAUCUUCCCAAAAAUCUACCGGUUGUUAUUGGAAUUGGAAACAUGGACGUUUUUUCAGAGUCCGUUUUCAAUCUCGCUCCACCGCCAAGUAGCUUGCCGUUGCCCAAGUUUUCUAUGAGAUCGAAACUCAGUUGCAACACAGAAGCUGCUGCCGCUGCGGCGGGUGGUUUUGUUGACGACGGAGCAACAAAUAAUCUCCGGCGUCUUCUACGCCUCCGGUGA